AUGAAACUGAUCCGGAAAACCCCCCUGAAGAACAACCUUGCAUUCCAAGCGGACGUCAAAUCUGCUGUUGGAGCGCAUCCUCACUAUAAUCAUGUGGCCCCCGUACCGAAUGCUGCCGACUUCGGAAUCACCCCGGACUGUGGCUUCCUCCCUUCAGAACUGCCACUCCAGGUACUUCCAGAUCCGUACUACGCGAAAUGGGAGUCCAUUCUGGCAAAUCUGCACGCGCUGAUUCUGAGCAAGCGUCUGCGCUUAAUGGUGGACCAUCUCCCCACACUCUCCACCUCCAACCUACGGACAGAGGCGGAGUGGCGUCGUGCGUAUGUGGUACUUGUAUUCAUCCUACAUGGCUAUGUUUGGGGUGGUGAUCGCCCGGAAGAGAGAAUUCCACCCCAACUGACAGUCCCCUUGUUCGAAGUCUGUGAGCGACUCGAACUUCCGCCCGUGGCAACAUAUGCUGGAGUCUGUCUGUGGAACUACAGGCCAAUCUUGUCGGACGAGCCAGCCGACACUCUGGACAACCUAGCGUGCCUACAAACAUUCACCGGGUCAUUGGAUGAGCAAUGGUUUUACCUUACUUCCGUCGCCAUGGAAGCACGUGGUGCCCCUUCCAUCCCCUUGAUGCUGCGAGCAAUCACAGCGGCUCGUACCGAAGACAGCCUGGUGGUCACAGAGUGCCUCCAGCGACUAGCGGAAACGAUCGAUGAAAUUACUACAUUGUUGCAGAGGAUGUAUGACAAUUGCGACCCGUAUGUGUUUUACAAUCGGAUUCGGCCCUAUCUAGCCGGAAGUAAAAACAUGGGCGAUGCGGGAUUGCCCCUCGGACUGCUGUACGAUGACGGCCACCGUCCUGAGUACCGACAGUAUGGAGGAGGCAGCAAUGCGCAAAGCUCACUCAUCCAAUUCUUCGAUAUCGUUCUCGGAGUGGAACACCGACCCACCGGUACAACCCGCUCGAAUCAGGAACAGCCGAGCCCUGGAGAUGGCAUCAAAUCACGAAACAGCUUCAUCCACGAGAUGCGCACAUACAUGCCUGGCCCGCAUCGACGGUUCCUUGAGCAGGUCGACUCUGUCGCCAAUAUUCGGUCUUUUGUCCAGGCGCGACAGGGAGACUCGGCCUUGUGCAUUGCCUAUGAUGCGUGUCUCGCGAUGCUGCGUGUUCUGCGUGACAAACAUAUUACCAUGGUCUCACGCUAUAUCAUACUUCAGUCCCGCGCUGGCCAACCCUCUCAACCUGCUUCAUCACGCCCGACAGCGACGAACCUUGCAACCGCUACGCCGGCCGACAAGAAGAAGCUCCGUGGUACCGGUGGCACGGCACUGAUUCCGUUUCUCAAGCAAGCUCGCGAUGAAACCGGGGAACCGGCCAUCGAUUCAUGGGCUCGAAGGUUGCUUAGGAGCGGCCCUACAGACAAGACCUUUGCUUCGCUGAGCAAAGUGGGCGAGCAACCGGACGGUCAAUUCAAGGUUGUCGGUCUCUGUGGGACCUGGACGGCCGAUGAAACGGAGGGCGGGAUCUGCCACUGGUAG